CAAAAUCUUAAUUGACUUUUUUAAUACUAACCAAAUUUUACACAUGAUUAAUGACAUUCUUUACAUUUUUUUUUACGACCUACACAGCCUAUAUUUUUGACUUUAUGGAUAAUUGAAUAAAUAGUUAGUGGGUGUGUCAAUAUCAAGCAGCAUGUCAAUUACUAAUUGACUAUAAGUAUGUUCUAUAAUUUGCUUCUGCUAGACACUUUGCUGUUCAUGUGAUGUCAUAAUUAUAUGUAUGAUAAUGGAUGGUUGUGAAAAUAAAGAUUUUGCCAAGGCAAGAAUCUUUGAGGUCAUGUGAUGUCAUAAUCCCAUGUGUUGUAAUUAUUUUUUUUCUUUCAUUUUGGAAUAAAGUAGGCUAGUUUCCUGUAUUGAACUUAAAAGGUUCUUAAAAGUAUAAUAAUCAUGUGACUGUUUUAAAUAUUUAUGCAUCUUCUUAAUGAAGCAUAUCAUGAUAGACAGCACAAUAUUUAACUUUGUAUGCAAAUAAAUGGUGCACUUUGAAAUUAAUUUUAAUCAAACUUUAACUACUGGGCAAAGGAAAACCAUGAUUUAUUUGAAUGCUCUGUUUCAGGGUAUUAUUGCAUUUAUUUACCAUCACAAGAUCCUACUUAAAAUUGAGAACCAAUAAUAAUUUACCAUGUCUAUCGUGCAAGAAAAUUCACAACAUUCAAGUUCUGAGGCUGUAAAACCUGUGACAUCGUUCCGUAUUGAACGAUUGAAGAGAGAAGACGACGAAGAGCAGUGGAUAUCCGGGGAGGAGCUCUGCACGGAAGGCAGCAGCGACGAGGAGGAUGCGACUGGCCGGGCGAGGAAGCGGGGAGAGCCGAAUUACGCUCGCAGGAACCACAAGGCGGGCAAGCAGGCAUGCCCUGCGGUCGCGUCGAUCCCGCCCACCCUGAGCGUGGAGCUGGCCCCGGAGCGUGCCGCGGGCCAGGGCCCCGGGGGGGACGACACGCUGACGGGCCCCGAGGAGCAGCAGGCAGAGAUCUCCUGGCGACCGAAGCGAGGCAGCAUCAAGCUGCCCAACCUCUCGCUGGAAGGAGGCGGCACAUCUGGCGAGCUUCCCUCACCGCAACCUUAGUCUCGCUUGCACAGAGAGCCACUUUGGGAUUUGAUUACCAUUUCUGAUCUGCUUCCAUGCAGUGUCCAUUCUAUUGCAUUUGGAGAUGAUUUAGUAUCUCUUUGUUGAAUAUGAGUUUUGAAAACAUUUUGUGCUAUUUUUAACUGUCAUUUCUAAGAUAUGUUCAUCAUUAAUGGUUUGGUAACUUAGUCUCUUUAAAUUGCAUAACUGAACAUCUUUGAAAUGACUAAAGCUUUAAACUAAAAUAUUUUGCACACUGCCAGUGAACAACAUAGCACUUAAUGACUUUGCUUGCAUUUUGUCAAACUGUUUCUGAUAAUUACCAGGUGGUAAUGUUCAUAUUUUAAUAUGUAUUGUUUCUAAUAAUAUUUUAAGAAUUUCAACUAUUUUACCAUGGAGUUACCAGUUACUUAAGAGUUAUGAUCAAUUGUAUUUCAUCAAACCACCAAUUAAAUGUUAUUUUAUAUCAUUAUUCUAAAUGAAAUUAAUAGUUGAAUAUAUGUACGUCAUUACUAUAAGGAAGUUUUUUUUAUGUGUUAUUUUGCAAUGUGCAAAAUAUUUUUCAAAUUUGGCAGGUUAUGAAAAGUUAAUAUAAAGCUUGUUAUCUUGAAAUGCGUGUUGGUUACAUUCCUUCAGACAAAAAUUAAUGAUGGAGUUUUGGCAAAUAUCUCAUAUUUUGUGGUAGUGGUUAUAUGUUGCACUGCAAUUUUCUUUUUGUAUAAAAUUAUAUUCCAUACUAUGCAAAUGUGUGAAUGCACUUCUAGCAAAAUUGUUUUUUUAACAUUUUUUUAAAAUCCAAGUUUGUUUACUAACUUAAAAGACACCAAAGCAUUGUAUAUCAAAUGUAAGCUAGCAGUUUGUUAUGCAGUUUGUAUGAGCUUAAAAAUUUACUUGUCCUUUUUCUCUCUCUCAUGUUUAAUGUCAGUAGUGAUGUGUUUACAAACAUAUCAAUUUUAAUGUAAUGGAAAACAACCAAUUAAACUCAUAUGGUUGUAACUUUAAGUCAUGACAUAAGUACGUAAUAUAAACUUACUGCUUGUACAAAUGAUGACCACUGCUAUUUAUAAAUGUAAAAUCACUACCUUGUGAAAGAAAAACAAUUGAAAUGUGCCUUUGAGAGAAUUUAGGAAUCUUAUGCCUUAUUGGAGGAUAGUAAACUAUCUCAAAUUAAGUGGUUGUUUUCAUGGCAGCUACUUAAAAAUUAGCACUUGGGUUGUUCAAUACUAUUUUUAUUUUAUUUUUUGCAGAAAAUCUCAUACACAUCUAUAAAUUAUAACAUGUUAAGCUUGUUUGUACUCUUGUCCAUAUAACUCAGUACGUUCAAAAACAAAAGUAUGGGUUUGUCGUAAAUGAUUAUGUUGCCACAUACACUGAUUCCAUUUAGUGCAGCAUAUGUAUGAAGUACACCCUUGAAAAGUUUUCAAAUAUUUUUUCAGGUAGGGCAAUAAUCAGUGAUCAAACUGUAAUAAAGUAUAUAAUAGUAGAAUGUAGCUUUUUGUGCAUUUUUUUUAAUUUGCAUUCUCGUAUAAAAUUUGUAAGAGGACAAUAACAAACUAUUGCUGAUAGAUUAUUUAUUUAAUUUUGUUUGACCAAAGGACUUAAUAAAGGGUGAAUGAAUUUAUUUACUUUCUUUGUAAAGAAAAAUAUUAUGUGCUCGUGUGAUAGAUAUCAUUGCAAAUUCUUUGGUCGCACAGUUUUUGUAGCAAUAUGUGAAAAUCUUUACCAUGUUUACCACACAUAUAGCCCUGUUUAAAUAAUAGUAUGGUACGCCAUUGAAGGUAGAUGAUUGUAACUAUUGUAUUUACCCCAAUAAGCCUCACACACAUAAUAUUUAGACCACACCAAAAAAUAUUUGUGUUUUGGAAUAAGCCUCGCACCAAAAUUUUAGAAACAGAAUUUUGGUCCAUGUUUGAAGUUUCUAUUAUAUAUUUCUUCUGGACUUACAUAAUUAUCAUAAAUUAUAGAUCUAAGGUUUUGUGUAAAAAAAAUAUAGUAGCAUUGUCGGUACUGUUGUUGACGUCUUACAAUUGUUUUAUUCAGCUGUCUUUAUUCUUGCCACAAGAGUACUAUUAAAUGUAUCAAUCUUUACAUUCAAUUCUUAAUGUAAAUGAAGUCUCUAAAGAUAACAUGCAGUUAAUAUUUUAUUUAUGGCAUUACUGUUAAAUGACAUGGUUACCUUAAUGCGAGGAAAAAAAAAAAGUCAUGACUAAAAUGGCUACCAGCCACAGGUGUUUUGUUUAUUGCAGUGAAGCACCAUUAAUAUCUUGACCACAAAUGACCAAAACCAAUGUUACGUACAAAGAUUGUAAACAACAUAAAUCAGGAAACUGCUGAAGAAGCACAUGCAACAAAUCCUCACCUUUCAAAAAAAAAUAUUUUGGUUGCAAUACCAUCAUCACUUAACAAACAAGAAAUCUUUUUUUUUUUUUUUACUUCAGUUAUGUAUGCGACUUUCCGCAAAUACUUACUUUCUUCCCGUUGCACAAUUUCUCAUUUAUUUAUAAUUUUGAAUCAUUUUAGAGUGUUUCAGCAACUGUAGAUGAUCGCAACAGCAAACCUUUGGUAAUAAUUGCAAAAUCACACAUUUUCAAACAACGUGCAACAUGUCCGUUGUUCUUCCAGCAACAGCAGGUUAAUCAACCUUGGAGCUUGAUGGAAUUUGUUGCUGUGUAGCGUUGCCAGUUUUUGAAUUAGCCACGCACCAUUUAUUUUCAAUGCAAAUUAGUCUGAGUAAAUACAAUAUCACUAGGCUACCUCUAAUAAGUUGCUAAUUAUUCAUCGUAUGAAUCUGCAUCUCACUGACUUUGGAGGAAUUACAAAAAUGAACUCGUUCAAUAUGCUUUCAUUUUGUGAAAUUCAUUUUUCAAACAUUGAAGUACUGCUCUUAGUUCAAGUGUAAUGUUGCUGAAGUAUGAUAUGUGAUUUUUUCUCAUUUUAUAUGAGCUUAACUAGAAUUUUUUAGGUGGUCAUUUCUGACUAAAUAAAUGUCAGCAUGUGUAGACUAGCAAAAUAGUAUUGUUUUAAGCAAUGUAUACAAUCCAACAAAGCAGUAAAUUCAGUCAUGCUAUAAAAAAAGUUAAAUUUCUUAGAUUUUAUGCAUGUUCAUAAUCAUCAGGAAUGUUGUGAAGGAUGACUAAUCACAUAAUUUUUGCAUAUGAUCCACUUUCACGCCUUGCUGAGCUGUAAAAUAGCACUUAGUUUACAUGUUUGUAUGUUGAAUGAUACAGAUAGUAAACACAGCAUGGAGAAAUAUUAUUCAAGCCUCAAACAGUUUGGAUGGCUUUAUUAGCUAUUUAUCUGUGAAUCCACUCUUUCCGAAUAAGUUUGUUCAUUGUAAGUACACUUGCUUGCUAUCUCGCUGCUCACUUUGGCCAUGCAAGUAAAGAUGAAGACACUAUUUUUCUUGCUUACUCGCAUGUUUUGAAUGGUGGUUGAAUUCUUAUUGAACAGUUAAAGAACAAAAUAUUUUAAAAAAUAAACAAUUGGUUUUGUUAUAUUUAAUUUUAAAGAAGAAGAAAAAACAGAAACAGGUAAAUAGCUACAUGAUUUAAGAAUAAAAAUAAAAUCUCACGGCAGAGUAAAAUUUUUGUGAGCGAGUUAGAAAAUUUGACUCGUCCUGUUAGGUCGACACUCGCUAAACUAGUCACGUGCACAAUAUUUCUACCCGGGAAUAGCUAGUGAACUCACCAAAUGUAAUUAAUGCUUUAGGUAUAGUGGUUACAUAUGGAUUUAUUUACCCAUAAAUAUAUAUAUUUAUAUUAAUUUUUUUAUGCUUAUAAUUGUGUUACUAGUGCAAUCUAGCCAACAGUUUUGCUUAUUUUAGGGGUUAAAAUAUCCAAUAAUUGGUAGUUUUAUUUGAGAAAAUAAUGUUUGAUUGAUUAAUUAAUUAAUUUAGGGGUUUGUAUAGAGAAAAAAUGAUGCUCAUGAAAUUAAUAAGAAGCACUUAAAAACAAACCAAAUAGAAUCUCUGUUUCCUCUCGAUCAUUGGCUUUUUUUUUUCACUAUGUUUGUUUCACUUUCUGCUUGUCUGCAUAAAAUACUGCAAAAAUAGUAUUUUAUCAAGACAAAACCAUCAUCUUAAAAUACCUGUAUGGGAACCUCAUAAUGCCGUGAACUCAACUGUAACAUUAGUAGUGUCACAAAAUAAGGUUAGGAAUUAAUGGACCAGCUACAAAAUAGUCAUUGAAAAUGUCAAUGUCUUUACACGGGACAUGUGUUUCAAAAAAUAAGUGAAACGAUUUUAAUGAUGAACUUUUUUUGGAGCCAAAUGCAAAAGCCAUAUUUUUUGUAGUUGUUAUAAUUUGCCUUAAAGAGUAAAGCGAGAUCGAAACACAUUAAGUAGUGUAAGAGGUAAAGGAAAUAUAUUUCUUAUAGUUUUAAGUGUUUCACAUAUCAAUGAUGAUAUGUUAUGAACAUCUAAAAACUAUUAAUUUUAAUAUUGUAUGUUCUGCACUGAUAAACUGUUGCAUGUGUGAAUUACACUACUUUCUGAAGCCGUCCAUUCAGUGUCCCGAAGUUACACGUUAUUGUAGGUUCUGCUGUAUGUAGUGGGAGAAAUAUUUUCGUACCAAUGUUUUGCUUUAGUGUUUUAUAUCAGCAUUAUUGAUGUAAUACAGACAUGUGGUACAUAUUUGUAAAAAAAAUUUUUUUAAAGAAAUAUAUUGUAAAUUUGUAUAUAUGUGUGUGAGAGUGUUUUUGUGUGUGUGUGUGUAUGUAUAUAACAUGUUGUAUUUGAUUUUGUAGCUUUAAGUUGAUCAUAACUUCCGAGUGUCAUAAUAAAUAUUCUUCAAAAUUUUUGUGUAUAAAUAAAAAAUAAAGUGGAUUCUCAUUAUAAAGUACCUCAUUUUAAAUGAUUUCUCACUUUAAAUUACAUAUUUUCAGAUCUCUUAAACAUAUUUCACAUUUAAUAACAGUUUGGUAUAAAGUACUUUUAUUAAUUAUUACAAACACUGUGGUUUUUUCUUUGUAUGUUGUAAUGAGAUUCCACAGUAAUAAUGAGAGUAUCAAUAUUGCAUCAACUCUUUUUCGCUUGCAUGUUAACCAUUUGAUCUGUUGGUUAUGUUGUAUGUUGAUUAUUGUAUAUCUCUCAUAGUUAUCGCGUAGAGAGCUCGUAAGUGCUUUCAGUUGGAGGCUUUAGCGGAAUAGAAUUUAUCUUUCUCUGUAGGUGUGUGUUCUUUGACUACAAUGCCUAUUAUUAUUGUAUUUCUUUGCAAAUUAAUUUUUUUGUAUGUAAGUUGCAAAUUUUUUGCAUUGUAAAAGACUGUGGAACAAUAAAUUACUGACUAGCUAAUAGUUAUAAAUUUAUAGAUAUCAAGCAUUUAUAAGAAAUUAAAUAUAAAUUUUCAUGGUGUUCACAUUUUAUGUUUAAAUCUGUUAUUCUGAAUGUAAAUGGUGCUCGAAUUAGUUAAGCUAUACAAUGUAAUAUUUUUGAAAAUAAAAUAAUUAUUUAUUACUCAGUCUGUUAGAAGGCUGACAUGCAAAGUAUUCUCCUUGUAGUAUUACACCACCGAGCUUUAAACUGUUGGUGACGUGGUUAAAGGUGAUUUCAUUAAAUUAUUUAAGAAAAAUGUUUUUAAAAUCAAUGUUUACCCAUGAAUCAGCCCAUAUCAAUGUUAUAAAAUGCAUUUUUACAUGAGAUCCAUAAAUUUGAAUGAUAGC